UAAACAUCUUCCUAUUUUUUCUCCCCCCGAUUUUGGCCAUGCAAACGGAGCUUCGGAUACAAAUUCCAAAUCCCGGAUUCCCCUUUCCUCUUCGGCCGGGGCCGCUUUCGCUCUUCUCUCUUUGCAUUUUUCUUCAGAAAUAGAAUGGAUAUGACGGAAAGUUUGGUCGGAAUCAGCGGCGGUUCCACCGAAUCACAGGAAGAAGGAGAAGAAGGAGAAAGAAGCCAACUAUUUUUACAGCUAAAACCUUACUGUUUAGACCUUCUUGAACUUUCUCAAAACCCUAAAAAACAGUCCUCUGCCAUUCCAGCAUUGCUCCACCUGCUUCUCUCUUCUCCCCCCAAUUCUCUGCAAUCCUUCUUCGACUAUACUUUGUUUCCAUUGCUGCUUUUGCUGGAUGCAGCAGUUGACUGUAGAAGCUCACAGAAGAAAAGUGAAAGUAAUAAUUAUAGUUAUAAAAAAGUGGGUGAUAAAGUAGCAGAGGGAGUGGUGGAGUGUUUGGAAGAGCUUCUCAAGAAAUGCCAUUUGGGUUCUGUUGAUCAGAUGGUUGUAAUUCUGAAAAAAUUGACUUAUGCUGCUUUGCUUUCUCCAUCUGAGGCUUCAGAAGAGUUCCGUGAAGGAGUUAUCAAGUGUUUCAGGGCUCUGCUUCUGAAUUUACAUUGUUGUUCUAAUCAGUAUUGCAUGUGUAAACAAAGUCUUGAUUUACCUAUGCUCUUGGAAAGUAGAGACCUUCUGACUCCAACUGGAACUUUGAAGCAUGACUUGGAGCAACGAGAAUGUUUACUUGCAUUUUUGCAGUCAGAGGCAGCUUCAGCAGCUGUGGGACACUGGCUAUCCCUUCUUCUCAAAGCUGCAGACAUUGAGGCUACACGAGGACAUCGAGGCAGUGCAAAUCUGCGUAUUGAAGCCCUUUUGACCCUACGUGUUCUUGUUGCUAAGGUUGGUACUGCAGAUGCAUUGGCUUUCUUCUUACCUGGUGUUGUUAGUCAGUUUGCCAAAGUGUUACACAUUUCAAAAACAAUGAUAAGUGGGGCUGCUGGAAGUGUGGAAGGUAUUGACCAAGCAAUUAGGGGUUUGGCUGAGUACCUUAUGAUAGUCCUUCAAGAUGAUGCCAAUUUAUCUGGUCUUGAUAUGAACGUAGAUGCUUCUGUUGGCCAUAACUCAAAUACAAACAAAUCUACAAUUUCUUUCUUGGAGGAGCUCCGUCAAUUACCAUUAAAAGCUCGGACCAAAAUGAUGGUGGAAAGUAUAAAUGGCGAAGCAGUGGAUACAGUUAGUCCCAAGACUGAAUCUGGAGAAGAAAGUGGCCCUGGUCUUGGCAAGGGAAUAGGAUCUUUGCAUGUGGAUCGUACAAAAAAGUGGAUUGAAACCUCUGCCCAUGUGAACAAACUAUUAUGUGCGACAUUUCCCUAUAUUUGUGUUCAUCAAGUGAAAAAGGUGAGACAUGGGCUUCUUGCUGCUAUUCGGGGGCUAUUAUUGAAGUGCAAUUUCACGCUAGGAAAGAGCAAACUGAUGUUUUUGGAGUGCUUAUGUGUUUUGGUCGUUGAUGACUGUGAAGAGAUUUCUGCUGCUGCCCAGGAGUUUAUGGAAUAUUUGUUCUCGGCCUCUUGGAAACAUCAUGUAGAAUAUGAUGUUGCUGUGAUUUUUAGCAGGCUUAUUGAAAAACUUCCAAAGACGGUGCUUGGGAGUGAUGAAUCAAUUGUGCUUUCACAUGCUCAGCAAUUUCUUACGGUCAUAUAUUACUCUGGUCCUCAGUUUCUGUUGGGUCAUCUCCAAUCUCCUGUUACAGCCGCCAGAUUCUUAGAUGUUUUUUCCCUCUGUCUUAGUCAGAAUUCAGCUUUUACUGGUUCUCUAAACAAGCUUGUUUCAACAAGGCCGUCUUCAACAGGAUACCUUCCCUCUGUUGCUGAGUUGAAAGGCUUGCAUGUUAUGGGUGAUUGUGAGGUCUUACUUAAUGCUGCUUCAACUAAUACUUCAAAGCUCAUGGAUAUUCAUGAAAUUCGAAAACAAGACACAGCAGAGGCUAGGAAGACAUAUUUUGAGCUUCCACGCAUGCCCCCUUGGUUUGUUUAUGUUGGUGGUCAGAAGUUAUACAAGGCUCUUUCUGGGAUUCUUAGACUUGUAGGUUUAUCCUUAAUGGCAGACUAUAAAAGUGAAGGCCAUUUAUCAAUUAUUGCUGAUAUUCCCUUGGGCUACUUGCAUAAAUUGGUUUUGGAAGUUCGAAGGAAGGAAUACAAUAAAGAAAGUUGGCACUCUUGGUACAAUCGAACUGGCUCAGGGCAGUUACUGCGACAGGCCAGUACUGGUGUAUGUAUUCUAAAUGAGAUGAUAUUCGGUAUAUCAGAUCAGGCACUUGAUGCUCUUAGAAGAAUGUUUCAGAAAUCCAGGAUAAAAAGGGUAGAUUUUCGGGAAUCUGAUGAAGGAUCUGCGGAUGGCCUGCCUCACAAACUUAAACCUACUGUGUUCAAUAAAUCUCUUUGGGAAAUUGCAUUGCAGAAGGGUGCUAGGAGUCACUUCAUUGAUUGUAUUGGAAAGGUCUUACAUGAAUAUCUAUGUUCUGAAGUUUGGGAUCUUCCAAUAGAUCAUCAAUCUUUGUUAAUGCAGUCUGAUGCCAAAGUCGAAGAUAUUACCCUGCAUUUCUUUCAGGAUGUUGCUAUGUUACAUCAGGUUAUUAUUGAUGGAAUAGGCAUAUUUGCUUUGUGCCUUGGAAGUGAUUUUGCUUCCAGUGGAUUCCUUCAUUCGUCUCUGUAUCUAUUGCUUGAGAAUCUUAUAUGUUCAAACUUUGAAGUUAGAAGUGCUUCUGAUGCGGUUUUACAUCUUCUUUCCGCUACAGCUGGCUAUUCAACGGUUGGGCAGUUGGUUUUGGCAAAUGCAGAUUAUAUAAUCGAUUCUAUAUGCCGGCAAUUACGGCAUCUGGAUCUGAAUCCUCAUGUGCCAAAUGUGCUUGCUGCAAUGCUUUCCUAUGUUGGAGUGGGUCAUAAAAUAUUGCCUCUGUUGGAGGAACCGAUGCGCUCUGUUUCACAGGAACUUGAAAUUCUUGCCAGGCAUAAACACCCAGAUUUAACUAUUUCCUUUCUAAAGGCUGUAUUUGAGAUUGUAAAGGCAUCUAAGCGUGAGGCUUUUACCCUGCCCUCUCAAGCACACUGUAAUCUGAUGGAUGUCAAGUCCAAAAUAUCUGACGGGGAAAAGAAAGUUCGACCAGAAUUGAGACAAGGUUCAAGGUCAGGUUUUGCUGAUGAGAUUGAUGUGUCUCUCAUGGAAUCAGAGCAAUGGGAGAAUAUUUUGUUUAAGUUGAAUGAUUCCAAAAGAUAUAGACAAACUGUUGGAUCUAUUGCUGGUUCAUGCUUAACAACUGCAGCCCCUCUACUGGCUUCUAUGAGUCAAGCAGCAUGCUUGGUGGCACUGGACAUAGUUGAGGAUGGCAUAGCAAUACUAGCGAAAGUGGAAGAAGCCUAUAGGAAUGAAAAGGAGACUAAAGAAGCAAUUGAAGAAGAGCUUCAAUCGUGUUCAUUAUAUCAUCUGAAAGAUACUAUUAGUGCUGCUGAUGACAGUACUAUUGAGAACAGGUUGCUUCCGGCAGUGAAUAAAAUAUGGCCGCUCUUGGUUGUUUGUGUUCAACAAGGAAACGUGGUGGUUGUCAGGAGAUGUUUAAGUGUUGUAAGCAGCGUAGUGCAAAUUUGUGGAGGAGAUUUCUUUUCACGCCGCUUCCACACUGACGGGGCUCACUUCUGGAAACUUUUAAGCACAUCCCCAUUCCAGAAGAAGCCAAACUCAUUACAACUUCCUUACAGGAGUGCUAAUGUUUCUUCAGAUGACCCUGUAGCAGAAACUUCAAAUUUAAAAGCACAGGUCGCACUGCUCCAUAUGAUUGCUGAUUUGUCUCGAAACGAAAGAAGUGCUUCAGCAUUGGAAGUCGUUAUGAAGAAGGUUAGUGGUCUUGUCGUCGGCAUAGCUUGUAGUGGAGUUGUCGGGCUUCAUGAUGCAUCAGUCAAUGCGUUAAAGGGACUUGCAUCUAUAGACCCUGAUCUUAUAUGGCUUCUUUUAGCUGAUGUUUACUAUUCUUUGAAGAAGAAACACUUACCUUCACCACCAACGUCAGAUUUCCCGAGGAUCUCUCUACUUUUGCCACCACCUGCGUCUUAUAAACAGUUCCUUUAUGUGCAAUAUGGAGGCCAGAGUUAUGGUUUCGAUGUAGAUUUUUCUUCUGUAGAAACUGUAUUUAGAAAAUUGCAGACUCAGGUGUUUUCUGACCAAAUUUACAACCAAAGUUUUGUAAUGUAAAGCUAUUGUAUUUUGUGGUUCUUCCCUCGUUAACCGGAUAAGCUUUAGUUGACAGCUUCUAUUUUGAAGUAUCUUUUUACCAGUGCUGCUCCAGCAGCACGUGGUGCAUCAAGCAUUCCAAUUCAUUGGAAUUGGCAUCUUAUAUAUUUUCACAUGCCAAUCUAAUGCCCUUGGUAAUU